UAUAAACCCAGACUUGCUAGCCGCAGCGAUCAGUUUGUCAAAGAUCAUCGUUCUGUUUGGGAUUACCUGUCUCUUUGAAUCUCUUGGAUAUAUUAAACUCUUGCUAAUCAAAAGGAUAAACAAAAGUCGUAUAAUCGUGAAGUGUCUCUUGAGUUUUGUGCUCUAGUUUUUUUUUGUUGGAUUGUGUCUUUUUAUUUGUUCUCAGAAAAAAAAAGCGAAAGUCAUUUCAGAAAAUGUCGGUGCUACGGACAAUGGUGUUGCUGGCGAUCGGUGCAACGGUGGCUUUAGCCCAACGUCGACUCGCUCUACCUGAUCCUCGAAGCUGUGCUAAUCGAGUACGUCAUGCAACAUAUCGUGAUGCUCGAGGCGUUGCACAUUCCUACUUCUUCAGUUGGGAACAUGCACCAACUAGAAGUCUCGAGGUAGAUUGGCUGGAUGCACGAAACAUUUGCCGUCGCCAUUGUAUGGAUGCUGUAUCCUUGGAAACCCCUCAAGAGAAUGAAUUCAUCAAGCAACGCAUUGCUCGUGGCAAUGUCCGAUACAUUUGGACCUCAGGACGCAAGUGUAAUUUCGCUGGCUGUGAUCGUCCCGAUUUGCAACCUCCAAAUGAAAACGGAUGGUUCUGGUCUGGUUCUGGAGCAAAGAUUGGUCCAACAAGUCAAAGAAACACUGGUGACUGGUCCCAAACGGGAGGAUACAAUCAACCUCAACCAGAUAACCGAGAAGCUGCCCAAGGUAACGAUGAGUCGUGCUUGUCAAUUUUGAAUAAUUUCUACAAUGACGGACUCAAGUGGCACGAUGUUGCUUGUCAUCAUUUGAAGCCAUUUGUCUGUGAAGAUUCCGAGGAGCUGUUGAACUUUGUUCGUUCACGCAAUCCAGGAGUUCGUCUUUAAAUUUAAUGUUUGAAAGUUAAAGUUCGGCUUGAGAAGAGAAGAGUUAAUUUAUUUUUAUGUCAAACACCUGUGUGCAUAUUUUUUUAAAACGUUGUGCAACUUCAUACAUAUAAAAUAAAAUAUGGGUGCAGUAUUGUGCGAAAGUAUAUAGAUUGGGUGGAUGAAUCGCGAGGCAAUUUAUAUUAUAUAUAAAUUUGUAAUUUUUUUUUUUUCGUUUUUGUUUUUGUCAUUUUAAAUUAAACAAUAAAAAUUUUGUAAGAAAAAUCAGAUUUUAUUUCUAAGAAUUUAUAAAAAAAAAAAAAAACUAAAAUUACCA